AUGGCGUUAGCUCGUUUCCUCUGUUCAAGUGACGUUCUAGGAGUUGACAGGAUUCUCGAGUUUGCGAUAUGUCCCUGGUUUUGGCGUUUUUAUUUUGCUGUGGCAUUCAUUCAAGAUCCUUGUUUUCCCCUUCAGGCCGAUUUAUAUCAUAAUCAGUUGAUUUCUCUUUCCUUCUCCUUUGAUUCUGUUGUAUCUGGAACCCAAUUCAUUCCGCGGUCCAUUAUGUGCUUCACCAGUCUCUCCUAUAUCCUCCUAUUGCGAAUUUUGUUUUUUUUUUUUUUUUUUUUUGCCUUGGACAACGUCUUCUCUAUUUCCGUUCAUUCUAUUUUGCAGAUCCAUCAUAAAAACCCACUAGAUGGAAUGGCGUCUUACAUUUUCUCCCAUUAUGUCUCAAGGACCUUUAUUCAUUAUUAUGGGAUGUCUGCAGUAUCUACUGAGUUCUCUUUCUAA